AUCGCGUGUGGGUUCUUAUUUAUAAGUGAGAGCUUCUUUGCUUUCUCUUUGUGCAGCUAAUUCUUCUUCCAAGCUAAUUUUCCCUGGCCUACAUGCCAGUUAUGAUGGCCGGUACGCACCUGGUGCUCUUCAUUGGGUGCACCAUAGCCCUCCUUGCUUCGUCUACUGCUUCUGCUUCUAUCGUUGAACACUCACUUCAUGUGCAAAACCUUACUGUCUGGCGAUUGUGCCGUCCACAAGUGAUCACCGCUGUGAACGGAAGUCUCCCCGGCCCGACAAUUAAAGCCAGAGAGGGAGACACUCUUGUUAUUCAUGUCUUCAAUAGAUCACCUUAUAACCUCACCAUUCACUGGCAUGGAAUUUUUCAACGAUUGACAUCCUGGGCAGACGGACCGAACUACAUAACACAAUGUCCAAUACUCCCCGGAAGCAUGUAUACGUACAGAUUCACAAUCACGGGUCAGGAAGGGACUUUCUGGUGGCACGCUCAUGUUUCAUGGCUUCGUGCGACUGUCUAUGGAGCACUCAUCAUUCGCCCGAGUCGGGGUCACACUUAUCCAUUUCCAAAGCCAUACAAAGAGGUUCCUCUUCUACUUGGGGAAUGGUGGAAUGCUAAUGUCGUGGAUGUAGAGGAUGUGUCGCAGCUACUCGGUAUUAAUCCUAAUAAUUCGGAUGCUUAUACAAUCAAUGGAAAACCCGGAGUUCUCUACCCUUGCUCCAGAAAGCGACAAACAUACAAGUUGAAGGUGGUGCCAGGAAAGACCUAUUUACUACGCAUUAUCAAUGCUGCACUCAAUAACCAGCUCUUCUUCAAGAUAGCCGGUCACGCACUGAAGGUCGUUGCAGUCGAUGCUACAUAUACUAACCCCUAUGUCACCGAUAUCAUUGUCCUUGCUCCGGGGCAAACUGCGGAUGUCCUCCUUACUGCCGACCAGUCGACAGGAGCCUACUACAUGGCAGGGCAUCCCUACUUCAAUGCUGAAAAUGCCAGUCCUUUUGCUAACACCACCACGACCGGAAUCCUCAUCUAUGAGGGUGCAUCAUCAGCGAACCCCAAAAUGCCCCUUCUCCCGGCUUUCAAUGACACACCAACGGCCCACAAGUUCUCCAGCAGCCUCACCAGCCUCGUAGGAGCGCCCCAUUGGGUCCCAGUCCCAAGCAAGGUCGAUGAGCGCAUGUUCAUAACCAUCGGACUGGGCCUGUCACCCUGCGGAGGGAACGCCACCUGCCUGGGCCCCAACGGGCUCCGGUUCUCCGCGAGCAUGAACAAUGUGUCCUUCCAGUGGGCCACUAGUAUGUCCCUGCUGGAAGCUUUCUACUACAACAUUAAGGGGAUCUACACUGCCGACUUCCCCGAUGUGCCUCCGUUGGUGUUUGACUACACAAACCGCGGCCUCAGCCAAAGCCCGCUUGGCUUCGCGUUGAAGGGCACAAGGGUCAAGAAGUUGAAGUAUAACGCGACCGUGGAGAUUGUGCUACAGAAUACGGCCUUCGUGGGCGUGGAGAAUCAUCCCAUGCACCUGCAUGGUUUCAACUUCCAUGUGCUCGCACAGGGCUUCGGUAACUUUGACCCAAUCAAUGAUCCGAAGAAGUUCAACCUCGUCAACCCGGUGUUUCGCAACACGAUAGGGGUGCCUGUGGGAGGGUGGGCUGUACUCAGAUUCCAAGCAGAUAAUCCAGGUGUAUGGCUGUUUCACUGCCACCUAGAUGUCCACCUGCCGUGGGGAUUGGCUACCGUUUUCGUGGUGGAGAACGGCCCGACUCUGUCGUCUAUACUGCCGCCGCCGCCGGCUGACCUCCCCAAAUGUUAGGAGAGAAGUCCUCGUCGUCAACGGUCGCCCCAACCCCACAUCGAUCCACCAUACGUUUCAAUGACUAGCUAGGACCGGCGUACUUCCUGUCCUAGUUUUCGAUUUUUCGUUUCAAAUUUGAUAAGAAACAAUAAAUCACACCAUUAUUUCUUUUUUACCAGAAGAAUCUAUGCCCGUGAAGGUAAUGAACAAAUAUGCGACACAAAUACAAUAAUACGUAGUUUCUCUUCUUUUGGUUGCA